GGCAGUGGCAGCUCUCACUGUCCAAUUCCAAAUUUUUCUACUCGCUUCGCCCCGUCGGUCACGGCUUGUUUGUCUCCCACUUAAAGGUAUCGCCUUUGACGGGCAGAUACUCCGGCGAUGGCCGGAGAUAAUGUGGGAUCAGAGUAAAUUGAUAGUUGAAGAGAUCGGAGGAUGAAGCAGCUGCCGGAAGUGCAGCUCCCCAACCGCCGCACCUACAGCCCCGCCGCCGCCUUCCGCCCAUCCACCGCCGACGAGGGCGCCGCCGCUGCUGCCGAAGCUUUCAAGCACCCCGCCAUCCUCUUCUCCCCCGUCCUCCACCUCUUCUGCUGCCUCCUCUGCGCCGCCGCAGGAUUCCGCGUCUCCCGCCUCGUCGUCUUCCUCUCCCCCGCCCCUCCUUCAUCUUCAACUCUGCCUCAACUCUUCGUCCCCACUGUCGUCCUCCCUCCCCCUCCCGCGGUCGCCGCAACAAGUCGCGUUGUCGCCGGCCGGCACGGCAUCCGCGUGCGGCCCUGGCCGCACCCGGACCCCGCCGAGGUCGCCCGGGCCAAUGAGAUCCUCUCCAGAGUGCAGGAAGAGCAGCGCGUACAGUGCGGCGUCAAGGACCCCCGCCCCGUCCUCGUCGUUACUCCGACCUACGCCCGCACCUUCCAGGCGCUCCACCUCACCGCCCUCGCCCACUCGCUGAUGCUCGUGAGGUUUCCCCUCACGUGGAUCGUUGUCGAGGCCGGUGGAGUGUCACACGAGACCGCCGCCCUACUGGCCCCCUCGCGCCUUCGCGUGAUCCACCUCCCCUUCCAUGAGAAGAUGCCCGUGAUUUGGGGUGACCGACACCGCUUCGAGGCCCGGAUGCGCCUCCACGCCCUCAGAGUGAUCAGAGAGCGGCGGUUGGAAGGGCUCGUGGUGUUCGCUGACGAGAGCAAUGUCCACAGCACGGAGCUUUUCGAAGAAAUCCAAAAAGUGGAGUGGAUGGGUGUGAUGUCUGUGGAAAUCCUUUCACAUUUACCGGCCACCGAGAAUCAGGACUCACCGUCGCUGGUAGAAGGUCCGGCGUGCAACUCCUCCGGCCAACUGAUCGGGUGGCACACCAUUGUCAACAAUGAGGUAGCCGAGGUGCCGGAGAGGCUGGAGUGGGCCGGGUUUGUGAUCAACUCGAGAUUGUUAUGGAAGGAGGGGGAUGGGAAGCCGGAUUGGGUUCGGGACCUUGACGACAUGGAAGGUGGCGGGACAGAGAUGGUGAGCCCCUUCGAUUUGUUGAAGGAUGCAUCGUCGGUGCAGCCGCUUGGCAACUGUGGAAGGAAGGUUCUUUUAUGGUGGAUUAGGGCUGAAGCACACUAUGACAGCAAGUUUCCUGCUGGGUGGAUGGUAGGCCCUCCUUUAGAAGUUGUUGCCCCUGCAAAGCAAACUCCAUGGCCUGGAACACCUCCUGCUCUUCCACUUCAACAGACACUGAUCGACGAAGGCAGUGCCGAAAAACAUGUUUCAAAAAAAGGAAGGUCGUCCUCCAGGUCUAAACGCAGCUCUCGCAACAAAAAGAAACAAAUGCGCUUGGAAACAAGUUUCUGACCAGACAAGCAUACUAAUGUUGUAACUUCAUUGCAAAUAGCUUUAUCACGAAUCAUUUGGCUUCAAUUUGAAGUUCAGCAUACAACUUAUGGAUGUGUUAGUUAAUUUUAAUAUGUCUAUUGAAUGUGCAUUCUUGUAUUAUAAACUGAAUCCUUAAAUAAGACAUGCCAGUGAUUGAUAUACUA